AUGUCGCUCGGACACCACCACGCCGGCCUCCCCCCCGGCCACCUGCGUCCUCCCGACGAUCUCCACGACGCGCGGUCCAUCAAUGGCUAUAGCAGGUUCCUGUCCGGCUCCCGAACCCCCCAGAUGCGCGCCUCGGCCGAUGCCGACGGAUCUCACGCGGGCGGUCUGAUAUCAGAUGCCGAUAUUGCAGGCGACGAGGACCCGCGCAUCCCCAUGUUCCGCGAACUGUACAAGCGCAGCGAGGCGCAGAUUAAUACCCUCUUUGCCAACCAGAAGUCCGCCGAGGACGCUCGCCGCGCGGCCGUCGCCGACUCCGAGGAGCCCCAGACAAAGACCCAACGCGCCGACGAACCCGCUCCGCCCCCGGCGCCCCCCAAAAAGCCCGCCAGGAAGCUGGACGAUGACGACUAUGACGAGUAUGACGACGAGGACGAGGACGAGGAGGCUCCCUCCCCUCCCAAGCCCAAGUCCCUCGGCCCGUCCCAGGAAGCCAGUAGCUUCCCGUCGCCCAGUCGCCCGUUCGGCUCCAUGUCGCAAGCGCCCGAUGCGCAACGCGAGACCAAGAAGGAGACGUUGGAGGACAUCCGCAAGAAACUAGAGGAAGACAAGAAGGCAACCGAAGAGGCCGCCCGAAGAAGCUUCCACACGCUCUUUUAUACACUAGAGAACGAUAGAGACGCCAUGCUGGACCAGCAGCGGCUAGAGGAGUCAGAGCGACAGGUCGAGGCGGAGAUGUCGGGCCAGGCGAACGCGGGCAACAAUGCGAACCCCAAUGCCACUGGCUAUGGAUCCCUGAGUAGCGCGAACCUGGGCGCCUCGAGCCUGACCCUGAAAAACCUGAUCGCAAGAAUCGACAUGAAGCGGACGAUGGUCCAGGCGUCCGAUGCCGAGCUUCGCAGUUUGAUGAGCGAGGUCCGCAAGAACCGGAGUAAAUGGGCCAGCGAGGACAAGAUCGGCCAGGAGGAGCUUUAUGAAGCUGCGGAGAAGGUGCUCAGUGAGCUCAAGGCAAUGACCGAGCAUUCCACUGCGUUUUUGACUCGAGUCAACAAGCGCGACGCGCCCGAUUACUAUACAAUCAUCAAGCAUCCCAUGGACCUCGGAACCAUGACCAAGAAGCUCAAGGCGCUGCAGUACAAGUCGAAGCAGGAAUUCGUCGAUGACAUCAACCUCAUCUGGUCCAAUUGUUUCAAGUACAACACCAACCCGGAGCACUUUCUGCGCAAGCAUGCCUUGUACAUGAAGAAAGAGACGGAGAAACUCGUCCCCCUCAUUCCGGAAAUCGUCAUCCGGGACCGCGCGGAAGUCGAGGCGGAGGAGCGAAGACUGCAGAUGGCGGAACUCGACGGCGCGGAAGAGAGUGACGAUGAGCCGAUCAUGUCGUCCCGAGGCCGAAAAGCCCCGGGCAAAUCGUCCUCGAAGAAGGGGACCGCCCCCGUGCGCAACACCCCAAGUGGGUCUGAGCCUCCAGCUCCGGGAGGUCAGAGCCAGGCCUCCCAGCCUCCAGGCCCCGUGCGCUCCGACUCGGAUGCUGCUCUGGAGGGGACUCAGAACGGGUUCGCAACGCCGCCUCCGGGCACGCAAACCCCAUCCGACCCGGCUGGCGUCGGCGUCGGCGCGGGCCUGCCAGGAAGUCAAGGGGACGCGAUGGAAAUUGACGGGUUAAUAACACCGAGCACUGCACUGAGUGCGUUGCCUGCGUCCGGGGUGGAAUUCGAAGACCCCGAGUACAAGGUCUGGAAGCAAGUCACCAAGAAGGAUCGCGCUGUCAUUGCUGCGGAGAGGCACCGUCUCUUCAAAGGCGACAAGCUCAACUCAGACGAGCCCGCCUUGCUGCGGACCAAGGCCGGCAUGCGGCGGUGGAUCAGGAACCAGCAGCAGGGCAAUGCCGAAGGCGACAAGACGCGUGAGCUGACGGCACAAGGCAUGGGUCCGGGCACGGCUGGUGCGACCCUGGCGGAGGGGAUCGAGGUGGACGAGGAUCGAGUGAUCCCCGACUACUACGAUGUCAUGUCGGCGGUGCCCGACCUGCCUGCCCAGCUGUUCUGGAAGGAAGACUCGGACGGCAACAUUGUGGAUGCCUCGGAAGAGUUUCUGAGAAUCCUCCCCAAGGGCUCAUUCACUCAGCCUGAUAGCAAACUGGCGCGGAAGAUGGAUGCCAACAUGCGGCAAAUGCAGGAGACCCGGAAAGUGUGCUCCAAGGUCGGCAUUGUCAAGCAGAUGCAGCUGCAGUCCCAGAUGUACCAGAAUCAGUUCCAGAAAUACCAGCCGGAGCCGUUUGUCGAGCUGGACGUGCCAGCCCAUGUGAUGAACGACGGGGGUCCUGUCAUCGCUCCCUGGGUCUGCCGGGCGGCCUUGCAGCGAUCCGUGGCGAAGAUCUUCUACCACACCGGCUUUGAAGAGUAUCAGCCGUCGGCGCUGGAGGCAGUCACGGACGUGGCCUCGGACUUCUUCCAGAAGAUCGGCGAGACCUUGAAGUCAUACAUGGAGAUCCCCAAAGUCCCCGCCACCGAGACGGCGGUCGAAGCUACAACUGCGCCGCAGUGGAAGCGGGCCUAUACGGAGCCGGAAAUCGUUCUGCACACCCUCGCGUCCGUGGGUAUCGACGUCGAGGGGCUGGAAUCCUACAUCAAAGACGACGUGGAGCGGCUGGGCACGAAGCUGUCCACCGUCCACGACCGUCUGCGGUCGUUGCUUUCCGAGCUCCUGCGACCAGCCCUCGCCGACGGCGGCGAGGACGGGUCCAGCGCCUUCCACGACGGCAGCGAGCAGUUUGUCGGGGGCGAUUUCGCCGAGGACAUCGACGAGGACUUCUUCGGGUUCAAGGAGCUGGGGCUGGACCGCGAGUUUGGCCUGGCGACCCUCAGCGUGCCGCUCCAUCUCCUGCAGAACCGCAUGUACAACGCCGCCCAGGCCCAGAACACCAGCGCUGCACAGACCGUCACUCUCUUCUCCCCGCCCGCUCCAUACCCGCGCAUCUCCGCCGAGACUCUCCCGUCGCAGAUCGGCCUGGUCCAAGGCUUCUUCCACUCGAAGCUCCAGGCAAACAACAACGAGCCCCUGGUGGAAGACCUCGAGCUGCCGCCGAAGCAACGCCCCAUGGCCACCCGGCCUCGUCUGCCCGCGUCCGGCAAGAUCCCGCCCCCCUCGGCGCCCUCUGGCCCGACCACCAGCCCGCAGAAGCGACCCAUGCCUGCCUCCGCGUCCGCCCCACAAGCGGGCAAGUCCGGCGGCGAGCCCAGCAAGAAGAAGCUCAAGAAGAACAGCGGCGUCGCCCAGGGCGCGGACGGCGAGGACGCGGCGGAUGGCACGAAGGCCCCCCCAACCCGAAGGCCACCGCGGCCACCACUACGGCUGCCGACCCCUCAGCCGGCACGACCGGCGACGCGAGCAUCAAAGUCGAAGGCGAAGGCGAGGGCGAGGGCGCGGCGGCGGACAGCAGCGCGGCUGCAGAGGCCUCCAAAAGUAACGACAGCGCCGCGGCCCUCCCGAACGGGAUGGCGGACGAAGCGUGAUGAUGUCCGGUGGGACCUGGUACUGGGUCGGUGA